GCUGAUUGGGUUUCAGUCUCUGCAGAGCAAAGAAGACGGCAGGCAGUACAAUACGAGAUCUGGGAAUCUAGAUUCCUGUUGGUCUGGGACCUGGAUCUUCCUCCAGCAGAGACCCGACGUCUCACAGCUAUGCCUCUCUCAAGCUCUGCCCCUUCUAACAAGAGGAAGACGGCCAGCAAAAUCAUCACUGACCUUUCCCACAUCAGCCAGAAGGAGGAUGAGCUGGACCCGGAAGCUACUGAAUUCGACCUGGGCACCAAGAUCAAGACCCCGAAGGAUGUGAUGCUGGAGGAGCUUUCCCUGAUGAGGAACAAGGGCUCCAAGAUGUUCAGGAUGAGGCAGCAGAGAGUGGAGCGGUUCAUCGUGACCAACGAGAACAUGGAGCUUCUAUGGGCUGUUUCUGUCUUCCAGCAGAACCUCCAGAAUCUGCUGAUGUCUCCGCCUGUUGUUCCACCGAAACCAGGGAAGCCAAAAGAAGAAAAGAUGGAAGAGGCAGUAAAUAAUCUGGAAAAGGAAAAAAGGAGGAAGGAAUAUAUCCGCACCUACAUAUCGCCAUGGGAACGAGCCAUGACAGACGAGGAACUGAAAGCCACCAUGAAGCCUCGUAUGCCCGGACCCAUCCAUAUUCACCCAGACCUGCCUCAGUACAAAAGCUUCAACCGGACAGCGCUGCCAUUUGGCGGCUUCGAAAAGGCGUCCAAGCUGCUGACCUUCGAACUCCCGGAGGUCGGCGCUGCCGGUGAGGAGCAGGAGCCUCUCCCAACCCUUCAGGCCGACAUCCUCUCAAGACCCUCGUUCAACCGCACGCCCACCGGGUGGGUCUGCAGCGACGGCAGCUCGCACGUCCAGCCGGACGUGGAGGUCCCCUACGACGGCGAGACGGACGACCUGUGAAGACACAUGUAGACACGAGCAUAUUUACAGUCCAAAACUUCAUCACACACAAAGAAAGCUCUUCUGGGAUUCAUGUCCCAGCUCUGUCUGCCCUGCUGAGGUGCAUCUAUUAAGCACACAACUUAACUGACUGGAAACAAAAAAUUGUGAGCCUUUUGUGCCGCUUAGACUCUUCACUGCUAAUCAGCUAAUGUCAGACCUGGGAGAAGAGCAGUAGAUUCUCAUGCUGUGACCUUAAAAUAACGUAAAUAUGCAAUAAAUGU